UGUAACGUUUACCUGGAAGAGAACAAUGUUAUUUGUGAGCUGAACAACAAAACUCGACUGAUGAAAGCAGCUGAUUUCAAAAAGAGAAGAGGAUCUACUUACUACGGUUUGGUGCAGAUUUCCUGCAUUAACGUUUUCCACGAUGAGAAAGCAGCGAGAAACUCCGGAAAAUGUCAUCCAGAAUACAAAGGGAAAGGCUGCCUAACACCUGUACCUGGCUGGUCUUCCCGUAAUCCCGCUCUGUCCUGCAAGCACAUUUUGGAAGCUGGAGUCUCAAAAGGAGACGGAGAGUACUGGAUCAACUCUGAGAAAAAUGGAAGUUCUUUAAAAGUAUUUUGUGACAUGACAACUGAUGGAGGAGGCUGGCUCUUGAUCUAUAACAUUAUUGCCGAGGGAACUGUGCCCCCGACCAGCUUGAUCAUUGAAAAGACAUAUGCAGGAGUCAGUCGUUACAGCAGCAAUAGAAUGGUUCUCUCUCCUGACGGUAUGCGAGAGCUAAGAUCCCGCAUGUCUUUCACUCAGCUGAGAUUCCACUGCCGUAAACAGCAAUAUGGACGAACGUUUCAUGUCAAAACGGCCGCGAACAGCUCUGGUGAAGCUGUAGUUGGGUUUUUCGGCGGUGAUACCGAAGUUUUUCCCAAAGCCUGUGGUUCAUUCGAAAAACUCAAGGGAGACAACUCAGUCCUUGCAAGUAGAUGCGCAGAAUGGGGGAGGGAAAACAACGCGUAUCAUGUUGGAAAAUGGGGACAUGAAGGGCAUAAAGAGCUGUAUAUAUACUCAGCAUUCAUUAAGGAUCACCAUCAUUGGGUCACUUCGCCAGUCCAAGACAGAUGGGAAUGUGAUGACAGUCGAAAAGAUUUGACACGCGGCGACUUUUGGAAGAUCUAUGUCCGUUAAUUAAUGUAAUGCUUUGCGACUCUUUAGUGGAAACCCCGUAACUGGCGUUGAAGGAGCAAACGAAGAUACGUUAAGAUUAGAGCAUCUUGAAUUCUUAGCUCAAGAUUUUUGCGCCUGUCGAAAAUCCGUUCUUUAUCCGUAAUUGGUGACCUCCUCGAAUCUAAUGUACAAGUCAGCUUCUGAUAAACGAGUUAAUUUUAAAGA